UCUACUCAAACAUUCAUUUUUCUCCCAAUCCAAUCACUUCCUUUUUAAUUCCUCUUAUUGCACGCACAAACAAUCAAACAAUUCCCCCUAUCAAAAUAUACAAUCGUCGUACAAUAAUCGCCAAUAAUCCACCUCCGAUUAUAACAAGACACGUAACACCUCAUGAAAGUUCGAAUCUCGCGAUAUAAUACGAUUGAUGUAUCGUCAUUCCAUCGAACAUCAACCUCGAUCAGGUAUCACUAUUCGACUACAGGUGCACGUACCGCUCGGGGAAGGAGGGCGCGAAGGGAUAACUCGGCCGUUUCGCGUUAGAACGUCGUGCCCGUAGGUUGGUAUUGGUUGGUAUCGGUGCGACACAGGGGCCAAGGGGUUCCAAGGGGGUUGAUGCGUCGGCGUGUUGCGCCGUAGCUUUUGCCGCGGCGCCCGGCAGUCCGUAGGCGAAGUCCUAACGAGUAGCCGGCGAGCGAGCCGUAUCGCGGAAAAACUUGCUCGCAAUUAGAUCGUGCCGAGAUUUCCGUGCCCGUUCUUCGUGUAAUCGGUUCCACGAUCCGCGUCGUUUUCUUUUCUAAUCCGUGUUUUCGUCCGCGUCUACACUAUUCGUCGUAUCUUUUUUUUUUUAAAAAUCGGUCGAUCCUCGAUAAGUUUCGAAACUUGAGAUUAAAAAAAAGAUUGUAUGCAGUGAGUAUCUGUAAUCGUAGAUGUGUCGUGAGCAGUGUUUCCGGGCACAAACACGAGGUAGUUUCCCGGGGGGAAGGAAAUCUCGAUUUCGGGUGACAUGUGACGAGUUGUCGAUCGUGCACGAGCGAUAAAAGGCCUCGUGAUCAAAUCUUCCGCGUUUACUUUAUCCGCUGGAUUCUCGACCGACCCGUGAAAACUCGAUGGGAUGUAUCAGUGAGGAACGAAAAUCAGAAGGAGAACAGAGGCGCCACGUCUCAACUUUGGAAACAGAAAUGAGUUGAGAAUCGACUACGAUGUUGAGUCGUCUUUCGGCCGUGGUGGCCUCCAUUUUGGUUCACCAGCUACACGUUUUGUGUGCCGCCACCUCAUUAGGUGCUAAGCCGUUUCCUGGACUGGAAAACCUGCCUAGGUCGUUCUGGCAUGAGCUCAGUUCGCCUUUUACCGAGGUAUACGAGGUGGAAAGUUUCGCUACAGAAACGGGCGGCACUCCAGAACCGAGGCCCUUUUUCGAAGAUCCAGAGAGCAACAUUACCGUGCAACUCGGUGCUCAAGUAUACAUGCACUGUAGAGUACAAAACUUGCAGGAUACACUCAAGGUGUCCUGGGUGCGCAGACGUGGCGACGAGCUCCACUUGCUCACGAUCGGCCUCGACACGUACGCGAGCGACUCGAGGUUCUCGCUCGCCUUGGAGAAACCGAAUGAUUGGCGGCUGCUUUUAAGUUCGGCGACCGAGCGAGACGGCGGUGUGUACGAGUGUCAAGUCAGUGCUCAUCCCCCAUUAAUCAGAACUGUCCAUCUGACGGUGUCAGUGCCGAAGGUGGAGAUCGUGGACGAGCACGGGGCAACGGCUGGUGACAAAUUUUACAAAGCUGGGAGCACGAUAGAAUUGAAGUGUGUGGUCAGCAAUAUACCGCAACCUAGCGGAUACGUUACGUGGCGCCAUGGAUCCCGAACGUUGAAUUACGAUACUACUCGUGGAGGAAUCAGCGUGAAGACGGACAUGGGCGCCAGUGGUGCGAUAUCCAGGCUCUACAUUGCAAACGCGAAUAAAAAAGACAGCGGGAAUUACAGUUGCGCAUUGGCGGAUGUGGCGGCCGCCACCACGGUUUCCGUCCACGUAUUAAAUGGCGAGAAUCCAGCAGCCAUGCAACACGGUGGUUCAACAGAAGUGAGAGCGACAUCCCUCGUCCUCGUCGUCAUUUCGAUGCUGUUCUCGUCACUCUUGAGGUGACCGUGAUGUCUCGAUCAUUCUGUGGGCCUGCAAUUCGAAUGGUGCUAACUCCUUUCUUCCUCGUGGCGAAUUAAACGCGAGGGGAUGUCGAGGGAAUCGAAACGAUCCUCUCUCCUCGGGACGUCUCUUCGAAUUUCUCGCGUGGCGAGCUUCCCAAAGGGACGUGUGUGCAUGUUCACGCAAUUGUACAUCGCGCGAGACGAAUUAUAUCAAGAGACGAGGACAAUUUUUACAGCGUUACGGGAGAAGAAGGCAGUAACGAAUCAGCAACAAAAAUUUCUCGAUCGUAUACGUAUAUAAAAUAAACCACGAAGCAAAGAGAGACUUUUGUGAGACUGGAA